UGGAUGUGUGUAAGACAGUAUGGUACAGUGGAAAGAAUAUUGAUGCUGAGACCCAAAUUCAUGUCUUGGUUUUAUUAUGAAAAACAAUCUGUGCCCUUGGGCAAAUCUCUUUCAUCCUCUUUUGUUCUCGAUUUCUUCCUCUGGAAAAUGAGGGAAAUGGAUUAAUCUCUAAUGUCUCUUUCCAGUUAAAAAAUUCUAUGGGCUAUUUCCAUCAUGAGAAGAAAGAAAGCUGUUCCUUCGAGGAAAAUUUAGCUGGCUGAGAGGGGGAAAAAUGCGAGAAGUUAUAUUCAAGAUACUAUCAUUCAGACAGGAUCAUUAUGAGAGAAUUGAUCACUAGCAAGCUCCAGUCCGUGGCAUGGGUACUCUGCAAGCCUUUUCUGAGUGAGGGUUACUAUCAAGUAAGAGAACAGAAGUAGGCCUCACUGUUGACAUCUGAGGAGAUGGCAUAGAAGAGGUAUGGUAUGAUUAUGAGUUGUCAUGAAGCCAACAGGACACAAUAGAAUAUGAAGUUCUGCCAAAUGGGAAGUGUGGUCUGAAAACUACUUUAGGUAGAUGUCUAUCUCUGGGAAAAGUUGAGGGAACAACUUUGUGAAAGCAAAGCUAGAAUCAUUAAAGCACAAGAAAACUUAGCCCAAGAAAAUCAAGAAGAAAAAUGUUGAGGAAAAUUUACCUGGACUGAUUGUAAGCCAACACUAUCCCUAUAUAAUCAGAGUAUCAUUGAUGGAGAAGGAAGCCACAUUUUCUAGUACAGGCCUUUUACAGGUUCCUUUUGGACAUGUUAUUGGAUCUGAGAAAUGGCGAGGUUCUCAGUUAGCCCAAGAAAUGCAAGGGAAGAUUAAGCUUAUCUUUGAAGAAGGCCUGGCACCAGUGGAUUUUCACCUUUCUAAUAGAUUCUGUAUUCUUUAUAUUACUGAAGCAGAUCUGGUGGCAGGAAAUAACUAUAAAAAAAGAAUUGUUCAACUUAGAAAUGCCAGUAAUCUUAAAGGAAUUAUAAUAGUUGAAAAAACACAGAUGAGUGAACAGUACUUUACAACAGUGCAGAAAUUUGUUGUCCUGGAACUUGGAAUGACAUUGCUUCCAGUGUCCAACCAGAUGGAAGCAUCUCAGCUUAUUAUCCAACUGGUCCAUGAACAAACCAAAGAAAGAAAUAGGAAUCCUUUUCUUAAGAAGAAAAGCUGCCAGCUCUGUGAAUCAUCAGUACUUCAAACAGUACAACAGAUACCAGGAGUUGGAAAAGUUAUGGCUCUGCUUCUAUUACAGGAGUUUCCAAGUAUCCAAAAACUAUCCAAUGCAUCUAUCCAAGAACUUGAGCGAGUAGUUGGGCAUACACUAGCAGAAAAAAUGCAUACAUUCUUUACCCAGAUAAGGUGACAUACGUGACAAAAUCCUAUUUUUUUCCCUUCAUCAUCACCAAAUGUAAGAUUGUUCUUUUCUAGACCUAAAUUAAAACCAAGGAAUCUACUUUUGUAUCUUGGAUCAAGUAUUGCAAGAAGAGGUCAACUUAGUACUAUAAUCUCUACACUCAUGUUUUCAUAAACUGCCCCUUGGCUGUGAGUCUAAAACUAAUCAUCAUCAGAUCUGCUACCUUUUGACCUAGUGGUGUUUUUAUGAUUCUUAAAAUGAUAAAAAACUUGAAUGUGAGAUACCUGUCUCAUCCUUUAGAAAUGUAUUAGCAGUUUCAAUUUUAAAAAAUAAUUAGUUUAAAGGAAAUCUUUAAUAUUUAUGACCUUAACUGUAACAUCAACCCUCUCAGGCUUCUUCUGACAUUUCAAGUGGAUAUUAAAGUUAGUCAAUAAAAUGUUACAUAUUACAUAUCA